CCCAUUGGCUAUUACUGUACUGUACUGUACUACAAAUCAAAGAAAGAUCAUCAUAAACAUUUGAAAUCUUGAACAGGUACAUAAUUAUUGUGAAAAUUGGUCUCACUUACAAUCUUAUUUGAUAAAAAUCCACUCUGGAAGAUAUACAUACACAUAUUGAAUGAAAGGUAACGAGCAACCGUCAACAAAUCAUCAAUCAAAGAAUCUAAAAUAAAAUGUCUUUAAGGAACUUAGUUGCUAAUCUGCAGUUAACGCUAAGAUUAAAAAGUAUCAUCGGGAGAAGAUACUUCGCAUUAAAACAGACAAAUGAAAUUCUCGAAUCUGUGGAAGAAGAACCAGUGUUUUUGAGCGAAGAAGUUGACAUAGAAAGCAAAAGAAAUAAAUCAAGACUGACCCCUGCACAUAGAAAUAUCCUGAAGGGUCAAAAACCUUAUAAUGAAUCUAUGAACUGGUAUCAUGAUACAGUGAAAUAUAAAAGAAGAAUAUUAGGUAAAUAUGGCAUGGAGGCAUUAGGAGUUCCUGCUGGAUUAGUUUGGCCAACACCCGAAGAAGUGGAGGAUGCUAAGGAAUAUGAACGAAUUAGUUAUCCAUUGACCCUCCAAGAAAGAUGGCAAAAGAUUAAGGAGGAAAACAAGAGAAAGGAGGAAGCUGUAAUAGCUAGGCAAAACACGAUUGCAGCUAAAAUGGUUAACAUGGAAAAUUUAAUAGCCGAUGUGAAAGAAAAAGUUGCUAAGAAGCAAGCAGAAGCAGAAGAGGCGAGAAUAAAGAAAGAACGUAGAUUAGAAGAGAUCAGAAAACAAUUGCGUGCUACGGGUCGUGUGACCGCCGAGAAGAUAACCGAAAUGCUAGCGAAGUAUGAAAAAGAAGAUAAGAAGAAGAGAAAAGAAAUGAAGGAGCAACGACAGCUUGAGAGGCAGAAGAAAUUGUUAGCGAAAAACAUGCCGAUGGAUAAGUCUGAAGCAGAAUCACCUUCGGAUAACAGGGAGGAAUCUCCGGCGCUUGAAACAAAACCGAAAACAUAAAUAUUUCAAACACAUUGUUUCUGUAUAGAUACGUUCAAAAGAAAAUAGAAACUGAAUUUAGAAGACAAAUCUUAAAACGACAUUAUUUACACAUCAUAGUAAAUAUUAUAUUUCUUGUUUUUGCUAAUACAAAAAAACGUUACAUGUUACUCUGUAAGAGCUAGAAGAAACUAUACUAUAAUGUGUAGUAUUAAAUGACUUGAUAAGACACAUAUUCAGGCACAAUUAGGGCAAUAGCAUGUUGCAACUGGUGAAACUAUUUCACACCUCCAGAGCAGUUUGUUUCACAAUCGUUUUCGACCAGUUUCUUAGGUUUAUCGUAUAAAUCUUGCAAUUGCGACAGCAUCAUUGUUAAAGAAGUCAACUCUCCACCGUCGAACACACGUCAGAGUUCUCAAUGUAAUCUUGCACGACCAGGGAUGAUUUUCCAUUAGUUAUAACUUCCUGAGAUGAUUCGUUUCCCUUAGUGGCACUAUGAAGAUCGCGACCGCCGGUAGUCUCCAUCUGACCGCAACUUUGAAUAUUUUGUACGUGCAACUCGUCGAUGACUAUUAAACGUAGCUUAUUUUUGUCCAUAUGUCAAGCGGACUGAAGCUGUGAUGGAGACGAUAAUUCAUAAAAUUGGAAGUUCAACUCUUCGCCAAAGAGAUUCUCUGGUGUGAUGAUUUCUGGCUCGACCAUGUUCAAACCUAAAGUUGUCGGAUUCAAAUCCGUGACUAGAUAACCCUCGCUUAUAAGCCCACACUCUUCUGCCACUACCUCUUUCGACACAGGAUUAAGGAAAUCUAUGAAGUACAAUUACGUUAAGAUAAUUAAUCCACGUCGAAUGCAGGGUCAUUUUGACCCACGAUCGAUAAGACACCAGUUUCUAACACAAAUUGUAUUGUGUGUCAAAAUAAUCCUGCAUUCGUUUCCCGCGAUCAUCGAAAACUAUCCAUCUUCCGAGAGUUAAAAAGACGAAUAGAAUUCUUACCGCUUUCUUUCACAGAAUAAUGGAGUUCGUGGGUCUGUUGAGCGGUCUGCGUCGAAUCAUGUUCGUUGCUGGACAUCAUCAUAGGGAUUAAAUAUUGAACUUCUACUUCCUUUUUAAUACCACUAAGUAUUUGCUCCGCACAAUGUUCCAAUGUCACAGAGCUGACUAUAUUCUCAGUCUCCUCUUCUGAAGUUGGUUGAGCGAUGCUAGCAGUCGCUGCUUCUACUUCAUCUAUGGGAUUUAUAUGACUGCGAAGAAUUUGAAUAAAUAAUUACGAUAUGUA